AUUAAUUAGUGCGGCGAGUCACAUUUGAUUUUCGAGGUUGGUAUCGGUUUGAUAUACGUCAUCGCUGUCGAUUGUUCGGGUGUGUACAGAGCUCCGCUACCUAGAAAGCGACAAUGUGCGACGACGAUGUAGGCGCCCUGGUCAUCGACAACGGUUCGGGCAUGUGCAAGGCGGGAUUCGCUGGCGACGACGCCCCCCGCGCCGUCUUCCCCUCGAUCGUCGGCCGCCCGCGUCACCAGGGCGUCAUGGUCGGUAUGGGUCAGAAAGACUCGUACGUCGGCGACGAGGCCCAGAGCAAACGCGGCAUCCUGACCCUCAAGUAUCCCAUCGAGCACGGCAUCAUCACCAACUGGGACGACAUGGAAAAAAUCUGGCACCACACCUUCUACAACGAGCUACGCGUCGCUCCCGAAGAGCACCCGAUCCUGUUGACCGAGGCGCCUCUCAACCCCAAAGCUAAUCGCGAGAAGAUGACUCAGAUCAUGUUCGAAACGUUCAACAACCCCGCCAUGUACGUCGCUAUCCAGGCGGUGUUGUCGCUCUACGCUUCCGGACGGACCACCGGUAUCGUGUUGGACUCCGGCGACGGCGUAUCGCAUACCGUACCUGUCUACGAAGGCUACGCCUUACCGCACGCCAUCUUGCGUCUGGACUUGGCGGGUCGCGAUCUUUCCGAUUAUUUGAUGAAGAUCCUCACCGAAAGGGGUUACUCGUUCACGACUACGGCCGAAAGGGAGAUCGUCAGGGAUAUUAAGGAGAAACUGUGCUACGUCGCGCUCGAUUUCGAGCAAGAGAUGGCGACAGCGGCCAACUCGACCUCGCUCGAGAAGAGCUACGAGUUGCCCGACGGACAGGUCAUUACGAUCGGCAACGAGAGGUUCCGGUGCCCGGAGGCGUUGUUCCAGCCGUCGUUCCUCGGCAUGGAGUCGUGCGGAAUCCACGAGACUGUGUACAACUCCAUCAUGAAGUGCGACGUGGACAUUAGGAAGGAUUUGUACGCCAACACCGUGCUGUCGGGUGGCACCACCAUGUAUCCAGGUAUCGCCGAUCGUAUGCAAAAAGAAAUCACGGCGCUCGCGCCUUCUACGAUCAAAAUUAAAAUCAUCGCGCCGCCGGAAAGAAAGUAUUCCGUGUGGAUCGGCGGGUCCAUCUUGGCAUCGCUGUCUACGUUCCAGCAGAUGUGGAUCUCGAAGCAGGAGUACGACGAGUCGGGCCCGGGAAUCGUGCACCGCAAGUGUUUCUAGACUCCCGAUAUUUUUUUGAUAUUUUACCGUUGUUUAUUUACCAGCUAAGUUACCUAUUGUACCGUCGUUACUUGAAUAUAAUUCAAAUGCGGUGCCGAAUAAACGCAUUUGUUACACGUCAA